CUCCCUCCCCUCCCCCUUUUUCCGUCGCGAAUCAGUUACCGAGUCCUUAUCUGAUCCCCCCGGAGACGGGAGACGGGAGCCGGGAGGGCCCCCCUUCCCGUCGCUAUAAUGAAAAGAAACUAGUAUCAUCCUUGGGAGAAGCAUAAAGUUCUGAGGUUUCCUAUUCUCACCGCGGUCCCAUACCUCGGCCGGGCCCCCAAAACCGUACUCUCCUCCCUUAUAUAAAGAAGGAAAGCAAAUUCCCCCGCGGCAACAGCGGAGUGGCGAAAGCGUAGGAGGGGAAAUUUCCGUAAAGAUCCCUCCUUUCUUCUCCUUCCUCCCCUCCCUCUCUUCUACUACCCUUGUCCUUCUUCGCUUCCUCUCCAAUGGAGUUCGAUGAGACCCUCAACCGCGAGCAGUACGUCUUCUUCGCCAAGCUCGCCGAGCAGGCGGAACGGUACGACGAUAUGGCCGGGUUCAUGAAGAAGAUUAUGCAGCGGACGCCGUCCUUUCGGGGGUUCACGGUGGAGGAGCGCGGCAUGUUCGUCGUCGCCUACAAGAACGUCGUCGGCGCUCGUCGCACCGCAUGGCGGAUCGUCUCCUCCAUCGAGCAGAAGGAGGAGCGCCGACGGAACGAGGCCAACUCUGCAGUCCUCAAGGACUACCGCGGCCAGAUCGAGGCCGAUCUUGCCUCGAUCUGUGGAGAGGUUCUCGGCCUGCUGGAUUCCCAACUCAUCCCCUCCGCCGGCUCCAGCGAGUCCAAGGUCUUCUAUCUCAAGAUGAAGGGCGACUACCACCGCUAUCUCGCCGAGUUCAAGGUCGGGGAGGAGCGGAGGCAGGCCGCCAAGGACGCCGCGGCGGCGUACAAUGCGGCUCAGGAUAUCGCAAAUGUGGCUCUUGCACCAACACAUCCUUUUAGGCUGGGGCUGGAUCUCAAUUUCUCAGUGUUCUUCCAUGAUAUUAUGAAGUCAACUGAGACCGCUUGUCGCAUGGCAAAACAGGCAUUUGAGGGGGCUUUUGCAGACCUGGACAAUUUGGGUGAAGACUUCUACAGGGAUGCCACACUUAUUAUGCGGCUUCUGCGAGACAAUCUUACUCUUUGGACUUCUGAGGUACAGACAGAUGAAGCAUAGGAGGCAUAUACCAGGUGCUUUCCUAGGCGGAGGUGGACUUAAAUGUCAUGUGUUUAUACGCAUGUUAGAUCAAACCUAUUCUCUAAGUACAAUUUAUGCCACGCAGUUGAAUAUUCAGGAUUUUUGAAGAUUUUUGUUUAGAUUCUUCCAAUUCAUAUACAUCUGCUUGUUUCAGUCUUUUCAUGUACUGUUUUUGAUCUAGUAGGUGCACUGUUGUGGGUUGGAUGAAGGUUUAGCCCUCAUAUAACAUCAAAGUUUUCUAUGAUACCAUUGUCAAUA